ACGAAACUCCGGCCUUCAUGCGAUCCGUUGCUGACUUUUGAUUGCUCUGGCACUGGUCACGGGCCUUGCUUUCCCCUUGAUCAGGUCUGCGACGACCGGCCCGACUGCCCAAACGAACUUGAUGAGAGGCCCGGUCUAGUCGAUGGAGCCUGUCAACUGGAUGCUUGCUAUCCCCUGGAAGGUCGUCCUAUUUGCCCGGAUCGCUGUGUAAAUCAUUGGACUCAUGCCUAUUGUCCAUGUCCGACUGGCAUGCGGCUAGUUGGUAGCAAUGAAUCUACUGGUCCACUCUACAUAUGUACGGACAUCGAUGAGUGUACCGAGGCAUUGCCAGUGCCUUUAACUAUUUUUAAAUCCACCAAUGGACAGCAGGCUUGGAAUCAUGGUCACCUUUGUGACCACUACUGCGUAAAUCAGCCUGGGGGUUACUCUUGCACCUGCCAGCCAGGCUAUGUCCUUGAGUCGGAAGUUUCUGAUCCGUCUGUUGUGAAUUCUACCGGGGUGAUGCCAACGACCUGGGCUCUCGCUGUCCCAGGCUCAGCGGUACCUAACGUGCCACGCGCCUUCGGUCCCAUAUGGCCUCUGCCGCGAAAUUCGCGGCGUUGUCUGGCCAUUGGCGACAAAGUCCUUAUCGUAGCAAUUGGGCUGGCUCUGAGUAACUAUCAUCUGGAAGCCGGGACUCCACAAGAUAUGACUGAUGUUGGUCGCCUUACGGUCGGUAUUGACUUCGACUUUUAUGAAGGCAGGGUGAGCUACUUUUAG